UGAAAGAGUGAACGCUAAUUCUGCAGGGCAGCAGUGAGUGAAAUCCUCUGGGGAAACUCUUCAUAUACACAGCUCUGCAUCGGAAACCGAAGAUGCCUUACAUUCUGAUCAGCACACAGAUCCGGCUGGAGUCUGGGCCCACCAUGGUAGGUGAUGAGUAUUCCGAUCCUGCCAUCAUGACCUAUUUGGGAGCAAAGAAAACUACCAUGCUGGGCAACAACUUUACAGAAUACCAUGUGGCUGAACCGCCACGAUUGGUCCUGGACAAGCUUGAGAAGCUUGGCUUCAAAGUUGUGGCCAUGACUGGAGUUGGUCAGACUAUGGUGUGGUGCCUUCACAAAGAGAUUAGUGAGCUUGCUCAACAUUCUACAAUAUCAUGAUAUAAAGUAUGUGUUUUUGUUUUUAAUUUUUAACACGCGUGAAACCAGAAGGUUAUCUCUCAUAAGCAGAUUUGAGCAGUUUUGGCAUGAGACUAGUGUUGGAAGUGCAAUGGCUAGUUUUUUCCAUUGUAAAAAUGUUUUGUAAUUAAAACUGCAAAUGGAAAAUUUCUGUCUUUCUAGAGUUAAGCCAGUCAAACCUGACAUUAUACUGCAUAAUCAAAACAAAAACGGUGCAAGGCAAGUCUGAGUUCAGUAGUGGAUGUUUAGACAUGUUUAUGUAUGUACUUCAAAUGAACAUUAUGAAUGGCAAGUAAUUACUAUACAUUUGUUUCUGUUAAUAGUGUUGGAUACUUCGUUAAAUAGUUUACAUGUUGGUCAAAAAAUCUCUCUUUUUUUUAGAUAUUUUGUGGUUUCGGGAAUCUCAAUUUCAAUUAGCUAAACUGUUAAAUUUCCAUUUCAGAAUCUAAUUUCUCAUCCAAACAUCAUGUCAUUGUUCAGUUUAUUGCUAUAUUAUUCCACCACAUCACUGCAGAGUUCAGUAUUCCACCUCUUUUAACACCUGAUUUAAAUGAUCAAAAACCCAUCAUGGCUUUCUGAGCUGAAUUUGGUUUCUUAGAAGAUGAGAAAACGCAAAUCUCUGUGAGGUAGUGAACUUCUUGGCCUUGUUUGACAAUGGUGUUGUAAAUGUAUGCUACCACAAAGAGAACUAAAUAAAAAAAAAUUAAGAAAA